UGUGAUUGCGCCUCGCGUCCGCGUCGUUUCCCUUGUUCCUCGUUCCCCAGCUCAUUCGUCGCUCAACCUCCAACAGUUGGUUAUCCUGCUCAUCUCCUCUUCACACAGUCAAAAUGGCAGACAUCUCUCAGAAGGAGCUCCGUGAGGAGAUUACCGCCAUCCUUAAGGAUGCUGACCUUAACACAACAUCAGCCAAGAAGGUUCGUCAACAAAUUGAAAAGAAAUUGGGCAUCGACCUUAACGAACGCAAAAAGGAGGUAGAUGACCUCGUGAUGGAGUGCCUCCAGGAGAAGCAGGAUGAGAACAAGGAUGAUGAAGAGGAGGAGGAAGAGGAAGAAGAAGAGGAGGAGGAAGAAUCUGAAGAAGAGAAGAAGCCCAAGAAGCGAAGUGCUCCUAAGAAGCAGCCUGCCAAGAGAAAGAAGGGCAGUGACAGUGAGAGCGAGGAUGAUGAUGAGGCAAGUGAUGAGGAAUACAGCCCCAAAAAGAAGGCCUCCCCCAAGAAGGGUGCCAAAGGCGCUGCUGCUAAGAAGUCCAAGGGUUCUGAUGACAGUGAUGACGACUGGAAGCAGCCCAAGAAGAAGGCUGCUGCCAAGAAGGCUGCACCUGCUGCUGGUGGCAAGAAGGGUGGUGGUGGUUUCACCAAGGUCUACAAUCUCUCUCCUGAGUUGGCUGCUGUUGUGGGCUCAGAGACUAUGGCCCGACCAGAGGUUGUCAAGAAAGUGUGGGCCAUCAUCAAGGAACGCAACCUUUAUGACCCCAAGAACAAGCAGUUUGCCAUCUGUGAUGACCAGAUGAUGAAGGUAUUUAAGGUGAAGCGUUUCCGCACUUUUGGUAUGAUGAAGUACCUGAAAGAGCACUUCCUGGACUAGAUCUUUCCACUCAUUUUCGACUUGCUUGUGAUUGAGGUUUUAAUUGUGAGAAAGGAUUUCCGGUGUAGAAUCAUGUUUGACAGGGAGAUGGUGUAUUAUUGACUCCCACUUUUAAUUUCAUUGUUCAAAUCAUAAUGAAUUUGCAUUUCAUGAAACCUAAUGUAGCCAAUACAGCUGCACUUUCAUUUUCUGUUUUAUCUAUAUAGAUAUGUACAAUUUUAGAAUAUUUAUUAAUCUUUCACAUAAACUUAAAAAUGACAGUGACAAUUGGUUUAGAGUUCGAGUGAUGAGAUAGUUGCAUCACAACUUGAAGGUGUGAGUGAGGUCAUAUUUUAUUUAUAUCACAGCCAAUCCAUGCUGCAUGUGGGGGUUCUUCUUGUGUUUUUACUGAGGUCCUCUUGCCUGACUUGGUUUUCUUUUCCUCCCAUGCUGGUUUGUUUAUAUUUUCUUUCCAUGUUGGAGUGAGAUACUUAAUUGUUUUUUUUUUUUUUAAUUUUUUUUUGUUUGCUCUUAGCAAAAGUUUUUCAUACCUGAUAUUGUACCUUAAGUGAAUUGUAAGGUAUGGUUUGACACCAGUACCACUUUGUCUGAAUGUGCACACCAUUCAGUCUGUAGCAGUUUUGUCAUAAUUCUGAAUCUUCAUUAAAUACAGAUCUCAACAUCUUA